UGUACUCUGUGCAAUGACAAUAAAGUUGAAUCUGAUUAUAUAUGACAUCACUUCCUGUGAUUUCCCUAUUCUUUGUCUGUCAGGUGAAGAAGGUGAACAAGUGGAGCUGUAAACUGUGUGGAGAGAAACAGUCACUGCUGAAGGAGUUUGGGCGGGGCUCCGGAGCCGACUGCAGACGUCAUGUUCAGAAACUUAACGCCUCGAGAGGAGCGAUGAUGGAGGAGCAGGACACCUGGUCUCUAAGGAAGCAGGUGGAUGCAGACAGAGAGGAUGUACCUGAGGAACACGACCAGAUGAGGCCAACUGGAUCGAGCCUCUGGAGCAAAUACCUGGACACACCUGAGGAGGUGGAGCCAGAGGAGGAGGAGAAUGUCUUGCUGGACAGGCAACAGCUCCAUGGCAACAACAUGACUGACAGGUCGGUGAUGUUUAACAGGAAGAGGAAGAGAAUAAAGGGACGAACAGAUGAAGGAAGACCAGACAAGUGGACACCUGAACAGACAAAUUGGUCCAUUCGGAUGAUGAAACCUGGUAAGACCACUAGUCUGAGAAACAAGAGUCCUCCCAGUGAAAACCACACUAGAACCAAGAGUCUGAACCACACCAGCCCUCCCAGAAAGAGCAUUAAUCCUCCCAGUGUGAGUUCUGGUGCAGUCUCCAGAUGGGCUUGUUUCCUCCGGCCUGACUUUCAGGAGGAGGGAGAGGAGCCUUCUGUCAGUGGAAGGAGUCAGUCAGUGGGCGGAGCUGCCUCCCUGUCCUGUAAUGACAUCAUCAGUCAGGCCAGAGCCACACUUCCUGUUUCCUCCAUGUUUGAGAACGGAGAGAACUUCAGCUUCGACGACUUCUAAACAAACACUGAACCAUUGAUUAUCAGAAAAGCCUCGAAUUCAUUCUGUCGAUUGAUCAACCAGCUGUUUCAGCUUUAUAUGUUAUGGAAUAUAUUGAUCCAUCCACUGUGUUAAAAAACGAGGUAGUUCACCACUGUUAUUGUUAAGCCACAGAAAACACGUUGUGUAUAUUUUACUGUAAAUGUAUUUUAUUAUAAGACCACAGAUUCUGUUCAUGUUUUUACUGUUCAGAUUAUUA